UUACUGCAACGAACAGUGCCGACAAGAUCUGCAUAAUAUAACCUAAAGUAUAUGGAAUUAAACCAUUGAAGUAAGGAGAAAUUGAUUGUUAUUAUUGAAUUGACAUACAAUGUUGUCGUUAAAUAUGAUGUCGACUUCUAGAGCUGCACUUCGUGUCAAACAACACAUAAAUUACAAUAUUGUGAUUAAUGGAUUUCAUCAGUCUUGCAUACAACAUUUGGACCAGAGAUGGAGACAAAAACGUGGAUUAACGAUUAAUCCAACUACUUUUGGUCCUUUGACAAAUUUGCCGGAUUAUACAUUUAAAGAUGGAAGACCAACGCCUCUUGGAAUAAGACAGAAAGCACGCUUAGAUAAACAACGUAAUUAUGCAGCAAGAAUUAUCAAAUUAGUAGGAGAGAUAGAUUUUGCUGUUGAAAGGCAUGCUAGAUUGCAAGAAGAGAAGAAACAAGAGAGGCAAAAAAUCCUAGAUAAUAAAUUGAAACCCAAAGGAGACUUACUGGUUCAAAAACAAACAGAUACGAUAGAAAAGUAAUUUGUAUAAUAAGAAAAUAAUAUACUUGUGUAAGUAUUAAAUAAUUAUUUUGCUUCUAUUAUUAUUUUUUUAUCUAUGAUAAUUGAUACAAGCUGCGAUAUACUUGGUUUAUAACAUAAUCAAAAUACAACAUUAGAGAAACAAAA